AUAUAUAUAUAUAUAAAAGAGGGUGUUACCGAUUAUAGAAACGAACAUGAGCCAUUCGACAUACUACGUUUUUCCUUUUUUACUUCUUCUCGUUACUAUUUUCGUUGGUGAGGCGUAUCGAUACGCAGAUUGUCAACGGCAACCAAACGACGAAAUUAUAUGGGAAUACGACGUACGCAGGCCAUACAGAUUCGGUAUCAAUCAGGAAGUAGAAGCAGAAUAUGGACCAACAAUGGCUAUCAUUACUUGCAUAGUGAUCGAUUCAUUAUCCGACGAAGACAACGGUGCUGUAUGGAUUAAAGCUGGCGGUAUAGGUCAAAAUUUUGUCAAACUUAAGUUUAGAUCGAAAUACUCGAGAGGCCUUCGUUAUAAAGUCUUUGUAUAUGGUCAAUCUAUGUUAAAAAAGAUCUCGUAAAUUAUAAUAUUUAACUUUAUAUAUAUA